AAGCGAGGCUCAUUCUUUCAAAAAACUUUGCGAGUGGAGCAUCCAGUUGUGCCGGACAGCGAUAUCCUACAAACCGAAUUGCAGAAGAAACUAUCUGAAAAUGAGUCAUUGCACAAAAAGAUUUCCGAUAUGGAAAUUAAGCAUACGCAGGUAGUAUCGGGCCUCACUGAUCGAUGCAGGGAACUGGAGGAUAUGACCGAGGAACUGAAGGAGGAAAUUAAAAGGAUGAAGCUGGAUGCCAGUACGAGUCAUUCACCGUAA